UGAUGGUAAAGAGCACAACACCUCAGGAACAAACAGCCUGAUCAGCAAAGAAUCAGCAGCUUGCACCAAGACUCAGCAGAAAGAAACCCACAGCUUUCGGAUUCAGGUUAUAAAAACUGCUUCUCUGUCCCUGUGGAGUUUGCACAGCUGAGAUUAAGCCAAGCUCUUGAGAAAUCUAGAGACAAGCGGAAGUUUCCCUGCCUUUUCAGACAUGAAGCAAGACGCGGCUGAGAUUCGGGCCCAGUACGAGCAGCAGGGGUAUCUGUCGGCGAUCCCCAUCCUGAGUCCAGAGGAGCUUCAGCAGUCCCGGGAUGCCUUCGCUGAGCUGGAGAGAAAACAUGGUGAAGAUUACACUGCUUACAGCCUUCAUAACAUCCACAAGGAUAAUGACUGGGUGAUGGCCCUCGCCAAGCACCCUCGGCUUCUUGAGGUGGUCACUGCAGUUCUGGGGCCCGACGUCAUCCUGCUCGACUCCAGAUUCAUUUGUAAAUAUCCAGUGGGAAAGCCAGAAAGCAAUGGCAGCAGUGAUAAGAUGGAAGGAUUGCCGUUUGUGGCCUGGCACCAGGACAUGACGUACUGGGGUUUUGAUGGAGGUCCCGUUCUGUCUGUCUGGCUUGCCCUUGACGACUCGCUUGAGGACAAUGGAGCACUGCAAGUUAUUCCAGGUAGUCACCAGUCCGGUCUUCUGCCCCAUCACCAAUCAAAACGAGCUGGGAACAUGCUGAGUGUCAAUCAGGAGAUCCCAGAGGAGCUGGUGCAGUCAGAGAAGGCCCUCUUAUGCCCACUUCAAGCUGGUCAGAUGUCGGUCCAUGAUGGACUUCUGGUUCAUGCCAGCGAUCCCAACACAUCUAAUAGGAGGCGCUGUGGCUACGUCAUCCGAUAUGUCCCUACAUGUGCUUAUCCAAUCCAGGACCCUGAGCGGCCCAGGAGUUUUCCUGACACAGUGCUGGUCAGCGGUUUUGACAAAUACAACCAUUUCUCCUCCAAACUGUGACCGGCUUAUACUGAACUCUUUAUUUAGGCCAUGAGUGCUUUGGCUUUAGGAACUAAUUCAUCUCUAACAGUGUGUGUCCCUUCGAAUUACACAGUAUUUUUAGCUCUAAUUUAUUAUUAUUUGCAAUAUUAAAAAUAGUUGACAAAGUAUAAAGUUAAAUAUUUUUCUACGCAAUAUUUACUUUGCUAUAGCACUGCAAUUAUUCAAACUUUGGGUACGUAUCUUUCAGGCUUUUCAGGAGAUCAUGUGUCAUGGGAUUUUAAGCUAUGAUCUUAUGUGUCCUUUAACUGAACUGUCACAUUGUGGACAUAGAACUGUUCUGAAAUGCUCAAUAAAUUGUUCAAUAUUA